GCACCCUUAUGAGGCCAUGUUAAUUUAUUGUGUAUGCCAGGAAGUUUCCAGGAUACUGCCAUUUCUCUGUGGUGGGAUUACCAGUACCCAGAUACAUGUACCUGUACCCGCUUCAUUGAUCUUCACACUGCUGGAUGCAAUGCAUGAGCGAACAGGCCUCACAAUCCAGGAAGUAUACAUGUACAUUGUUCAGCUGAAACUAAACUUACCAGGCAGCGCUGCACUGUCCCAUUUUCCUUGUUCACUCAGGCACACGCCUGGCUGUGGGUGACUAGUCUCAUUCGAUGGUCCUCUUUGGUCAACUGUGCAAGCCCUGAAACUACCUCUAAUUCUUACUUACUGGUAUUUUUUUGGAAAGCGGUGUGAGUUUCAUUGUGUCAUCAUGGCUACCCUUGAUAAAGCUAAGUUACAGGAGUUGAUUGACAUGGCCAACAGGUUGAGGAUCGAUAGCAUAAAGGCCACCAGUGCUGCAACUUCAGGGCACCCAACAUCAUGCUGCAGUGCGGCAGAGAUCAUGUCAGUUCUGUUCUUCCAUGUCAUGAAAUACAGACUGGACAAGCCCAAGGACCCAGCCAGCGAUCGCUUUGUCAUGUCCAAGGGCCAUGCGGCACCCAUCCUUUACGCUGCCUGGGCAGAGGCUGGUCUGUUCCCUGUGGAUAAUCUCUUGACCCUGCGCCAGAACACCUCCGUUCUGGAGGGUCAUCCCACACCGAGACUGAACUUCAUUGAUGUUGGUACCGGCUCACUUGGUCAGGGUCUGAGCAUUGCGUGCGGCAUGGCCUAUAGUGGCAAGUACUGGGAGAAGGCCGAUUACCGCACGUAUUGCCUCGUUGGCGAUGGGGAGAGUGCGGAGGGGAGCAUCUGGGAGGCCUGCGCCUUUGCCAGCUACUACAAGCUGGACAACCUGGUGGCCAUCUUUGACGUUAACCGCCUGGGCCAGAGCCAGGAGGCACCCUUGCAGCACGACACGGACGCCUUCAGGCGCCGACUGGAAGGCUUUGGCUGGCAUGUUUAUGUGUUGGAGGAUGGCCACAGUGUUGAAGACCUGUGCAAGGCAUUCUUUGGGGCUGCCCAGGUGAAGGACAUGCCCACAGCCAUUGUGGCCAAGACCCUCAAGGGCAAAGGCAUUCCAGGCAUCGAGGAUGAGCUGAACUGGCACGGCAAGGCCCUGGGAGACAAAGCUGCUGCCGCCCUGGAGGCCAUCAGCGCCCGCAUCGUCAACAAGGGGCCCCAUGGCCUCAAGCCCUCUGCCCCCUCUGGCGAACUGCCGGCCCGCAACAUCACCAACAUCCAGCUAUCCUCACCCCCGGACUACCCGUUGGGGGAGAAGGUGGCUCCCCGUGUCGCCUAUGGCGUUGGCCUAAGGAAGAUUGGGGAUAGCAACGAAUGUGUGGUAGCUAUGGAUGGUGACACCAAGAACUCCACUUACGCCGACACCUUCCGUAAGGCCCACCCUAACCGCUUUGUGGAGUGCUUCAUUGCUGAGCAAAAUCUGGUAGGCGUAGCAAUUGGCACCACCUGCCGUGACCGCAAUGUGGCCUUUGUCAGCACCUUUGCUUGCUUCCUGAGCCGCGCUUUUGACCAAAUACGGAUGGGUGCCAUCUCUGAGACCAACACCAACUUCUGUGGCUCCCACUGCGGCAUCUCCAUUGGCGAGGACGGUGCAUCCCAGAUGGCUCUGGAGGACUUGGCCAUGUUCCGCUCCAUCCCGGGAUCCACAGUCUUCUAUCCAAGCGACGCCGUGUCCAUGGAGCGCGCCGUGGAGUUGGCAGCCAACACUAAGGGCAUCUGCUUCAUCCGUUCCAGCCGCCCCGCGAUGCCGGUCCUGUAUACUGCUGAAGAGCCCUUUGUGAUAGGCAAAGCCAAGGUGGUGCGCGAGAGUGCUGACGACAAAGUGACUGUCAUCGGUGCAGGGGUCACUCUAGACGAGGCCAUGAAGGCUUACGAAAUCCUCGCCAAGGAGGGCAUCAAAGUCCGGAUCAUUGACCCCUUCACCAUCAAGCCCCUGGACAAGGACACCAUUUUGGCUGCAGCUAAAGCUACCGGCGGGAAGGUGGUAACUGUGGAGGAUCACUAUCCACAAGGUGGUAUUGGGGAGGCAGUGGCCGGUGCCCUGGCAGGCAACUCUGGCAUCAUCAUCAGGUCCCUGGCUGUCGGCGAGGUGCCCCGCAGUGGUUCCAAGGACUUCCUCCUCGACCACUUUGGCAUCAGCGCCAAGCAGAUUCAGGAAACUGUCAAGGCGAUGCUGGCCUGAAGACAAAGAAAGGUUGGCACAUAGACCAAGGCAUUAGAUUCCACCAAACAGACCCUUAGAUGGCUUGGUGUAGGUGUAUUGAUUUUCUCAUUUAUUACAUGUAACUAGUAGCGGGUGCAGAGUUGAUUGAUGUGUUUCUCCUCCUUUGCAGUCAGUAAACUGAUACAGUUCAUUUCUAAACCCUGUGUAACUUUGCACAAUGUUAGUCAUUCAUACAGUGCACAACCUAUUUGUUUUCUUUUCUUUUAGUUCAAAACAGUACUUGACCCUAGCAGGGCCCUGGAGUAUACAAAGGCUGCGAUCAGAUUUGGGUUUUAAAGGUUUUGACUUUUGAUGAAUGGGAGUAAAGUUACACUUCCAUCUCGGUACAGGCACGAUCUUCCUCUGGCCUGAUUACCUCACAGGAUUUUAAACUGGGCUGCUUUUUCAGCUAUGUACUGGGAGGGUUUACUGCUCGGGUUUAAAGAUGCUGUAAAUUGUCUUUUCUCUAUGCCUGGUAUGACAGUUGAUGGCAUGUUCAGGUUUGUACAUGAAAAUGAAAAAUAUGCCACUGCCCUUCAAUGUUCUACUCGUGAGAGAUUUUUGUUGUUUCUUCAUGACAAACAUUAACUUCCAGGUCAAUUGAUAUAAAAUUCCAAACAUUGUUGCAUGAAGCAGUGUAUAAGUUAGGCAUCUAGGGCAAUAUCCAUUCUUGCGAAAAAAGGCUUUCAGAAGCCGUCAUGUGCUUUUGCAUAUUGGCCUCUAUGAACUUGGGUAAAAUUGAAGGUGGAAGUUAAUUUUCAACCAUGAAGAGGUUACUGGUACCUGACCCCGUCAGAAAUCUGCCAUGCAUAAAAAAUGACUCAUUGGGCAAAACAAACAUUCAUACAUCAUCAAAAAUGUUAUGUAGCUAUGUUUAUUGUUUUUGACUAACUUGGUUGAUACAUGUGUACGUUGGUGAGCAGUUUUUUUUGGGGGGGGCUCAACAAAACAGUAAAGUUGGGGCCCAUUAAUCUUGACUUAAUUCCAGAAUGUUUCAAACUCUGUUGGUUCAUCUUUAACUGCCUGCAUUUACACCACUGAAUAUCUGACGGAGAAAAAUUGAUACAUGUACAUGUACCCAUACAUACAUGCAUGCGCAAAUACAAAGCUGUACGUGUUUCAUGGGUGCAUUUGAGACAGGGUACCGUUCAUUGUAUAUCACACUCCUUUUGUUUCCUUGCGACACUUGUUAAAUUCAGUUGUCGCCCCAAGACAAAAACUUACAUGUACAGGUAUUUCACAAAGUCCAAAAUAAAGCCCCAGUACUCAUUUGGAACCAAUGGAGAUGUUGACAGUGGAGGGUUCGUUGCUCUGCCGAAAUGCUGUACAUGUAUGUGGCUUGUGCAUGAUUCGACAAGAUGUCGCCGCCAAACCAACUGACUUCAGUGCAGUUUGCCCACAUGAUCCAGUGAACUGCUACAUAUUUAUGUUGGUUAUUCCUUGUCAGUGUGGCCCGCAUAGAGGGAAAAUUUCACAGUUCCGCUGUUAUGACAAACAAGUGUCCAAAUGACACACUCAACAUAAAUGGAGCCUGUCUGUUUGGUUGCGAGUUUAGAGUAGUUACAGAGGAUUCUAAGAAACAUGUUGUUAGUUAUCAAAUCCAGUAGAUUACCCCAGCAUUGGGAAUACAUGUGCUUCACCAAGGCUUUGUCACCAGCAGUAAUAACCUUAACUCAAGUUACGGUGGCAAGAGCCCAUGCACUUAUCAGCAUGUGUCAUUUGAUCAGUGACCAAUGUCGCAACCCCUCCCCAUUGAAGAUAUGGAUAGACAUAAUUCAAUUCUUCUGUAAACAGUACAUUUUCAAAUCAUAGCAAUUUACCAAUUGUUCUGGCUGAUAUAUAUUUUUUGGAAUGCAUUUUAUUUUUAGAUAAAUCUUUGAAGGAAUUCCUUUAAUUGUAAAAGUACUCAUUUUAUCGAGAGAACAUAGACAAAUUGGUAUAACCAAAUGAAAGUUUAUGUAGCUGACACAGCUGAAUUUAUUUUGAAGAGCUCAUAAAUUGUUAUUUUCCAAAUUUCCAGUUAAAAUUACCUGAUUACCUACAAAUGUUCUACAGUUUUUAUACAUUAGUUGGAGUGAACUUUAGAUAAUGUUGAAAGUUGUGCAAAGAUCAGAGUUGAAUAAAAACAUUUCUUUCGCAAUGAAAAUAA